UUCUUUGAUGAUAGAUAUACACCAUAAUGAUAAGCUCUUCUAUAUCUCUUUACCAUUGAUAGAAUAUUAAAGCAUCACAAAGUCAUUCUUAUGCACCCAAAAACAGUAAAGAAAAGCCAAAGCCAAAGCCAGCUCAAGUGAGAUCACAAAGGCAAGUCAUGUUUCAAAUCUCUCCUCUCAUGGUCAUGGAUCAUGCAUGAGUUGAAGACAACAAACCCUAUUUUAAUCUCUUUUUCAAGCCACUAAAAACUCAACAGAUAAAGAAACACAUAUCUGCUUCUUUGCUUUUCUGUUUCUUCUUUUUCUCUUUUGGAUUGUUGUAGAUCUAUAUACAAAGAUGAUUCAAGAACUCCUAGGAGGCUCUUCUGGGUUUAAUUUUGGAGAUGGCGGUACUGCUGGGAGGAAAUUCUCCAUCAAUGGAUCCAUUUUGGAUGGUACAACGACAACUACUACUGCCUUUACUUCUUCUCCAUCCCCAUCGCCUUCUCCUUCUUCCACGGUUUCACAGUCGUCGACUAAUAACUCCCCCGCUUCGGCCGUAAAGUCCGACCAGAGCCAGAAUUUGAGGUGUCCCAGAUGUGAUUCGCCCAACACCAAGUUUUGUUAUUACAACAACUACAAUCUCACUCAGCCUCGUCACUUUUGCAAGACUUGUCGUCGGUAUUGGACCAAAGGAGGUGCUCUCAGGAACGUUCCCAUAGGAGGUGGGUGUAGGAAGAACAAGAACACUUCUACUGUUUCGACAACGUUGGGAAAAUCGAGUGCUGCUAAGAUGAAGACACUAGUGUCGGAUAUUGGAAGAUCUAGUCACGGAAAUGGGUUUGACCAUGAGCUUCAAUCUAAUCCAAUCCUUUGGGCAUCCCCCCAGAGCUCUAAUCUUCUAGCCUUAUUGAGAACUACCCAAAACCCUAACUCUAACACUUUGUCCACUGAUAUCAAGGACGAAGAGAUGAGCUUGCUUGGAUCACAUGUCAUGAACGAGUCAGCAGUUGGGAGCACUGGUGCGUUAAAUGCUCGAACCCUGGGCUUGGAUCCUCUUUCACAGGUCCCUUCUCUGGGACUUUGCAGCUCUUUGUGGAGAAACAAUCAACACCAAGCUCAACAGCAACAACAUAACAAUAAUAACAAUGGAUCGUUCAUACUAGGUGAAGUUCAGAACACAGGGACUCAAGAACUCUAUCAGAGGCUGAAAUCAUCAUCAAAUUAUUACUACGAUAGCUCGGCUGUAGUUCUAAGCAAUGUGGGUUCUUCAUCAAUUCUGGAGCCGGCUCCAAUUGCAGGUGGAGAAUCGGGUUACUGGAAUCCGGCAGUCUCUUCCUCAUGGUCCGAUCUCCGAACAACUAAUGGUGCAUAUCCGUAACAUCCCUUUUUCUCUCCCUUUCAUUUUAUCUCAGUUUUUAAUAUGCCAAUGUGGUUGCCGUGCCUUCUGGUAUAUGAAUAUAUAUGGCUGUAGUGGUUUUCAAUUCUUUUUUUCCCAUUAAUUUUCUCUUUGAAGUGUGGUUUGAGGUGUGUUUGAUUAACUUAUUAGAGUGUACCAAGGAUGAAGACGAAGUAAAAACCAUGGGGAAAAAUGUUAGUAGUUUUAUUUUCA